CUCUCACUUCUUUAAGCAUCGCUUGAAGAAGAGUGAAUUUGUGUGCGUGCCAUUUUGAGAAGAAAAUGUACAACGAUAUUGUCAAAAGAAUGACAACCAGGCGUUUCCAUUUCCAAGUAACCGACAUCCAUAAUGCGAUUUCUUGAGAAGAAUUGGUUGGUUGUAUUAUCUAUUUGGAUCAUAUUUUUUAUAACGGCUGUAACCAUCAAACUCGUCUUCCUGAGUUCAGUUCCAGAAGAUACAUUCUCCAUGGAAGAAGUAAUGCUGGGAUUCCUACAAAAUGAUUCAAGACUCUUGAAAUAUAUUCAUUCAAAUGAAGCGUAUCCUCCACCUCCAUCACCGGGCGUAUUUAUGAACGCCAGCAUUAUUUACAAGCCAAGAAUACGAGAUCGGGUCACUCGUGAUGUCAUAAAAAUAUUGAAUAAAAAGAAUAAUGGUGUUUUCGUGGAGUGCCGAGCCUUCGAAGGGGACUUACUUUCAAAAACGCUAGAUUUAGAAUUGUACUACAACUGGACAGGAAUUUUAAUGGAACCCGACCCGACCUUGUUCCCCAAGUUAAUUGCUAAAAGAAGGAAUGCCUGGCUACUAAAUGCUUGUCUCUCGCCAGACCCCACCCCACAUAAUCUAGACUUUUUGCGAAAAAUUAGCAAGUCCUCAAUGAACAACUCAUCGCAAUCAGACCAAGAUGCUAUGAUGCCCGACAGAAAAUCCACUUAUCGUGAUGGUAAAGGGCACGUUUGGAGGAAAUUGAGAAUUCCUUGCUUUCCAUUGUUCAGCGUCACAUCCGCUUUGCAAGUCUACACAAUUGACUAUCUGAUUUUGGAUGCGCAAGGGCUAGAACUGCAAAUUCUGCUCAAUAUUCCAUGGAAUGAUCUAAAGAUUCAUGUAAUUUUGGUAAACGUGCAGUCCAUUCCAGAAGGUCCGAGUGGAGUCAAGUUUUUCAUGCAUUCUAAAGGAUUUACUCUUAUAUCAUCCACGGGACAUUUUUAUAUGUUUGCUAACGAAAACUUCAACCCAUAGUCUAGCUGGAGAUCUCGUUGGCUAGGCUGGAAAUUGUAAAAAUAUGCUUGUUUCUUGAUCAGAUUAAAAAUGUUCAAAGUGCAAAAUGUUAAAUCAAUCCAGAUCAUGUUCCUUGUGAAUGCAAGUUUAGCUUUCAGGGGAGAGAUACAUAUGCUGAAUUGAAGAUUGAGAAAAUGACAAUAUCAUUCCUGCAUACAUACAAUACUUUGUACAUACAGAAGCGGAAAAAAUGUCACCAUUCCCACAUGUACAUGUGCUUUUUUGCAUGUGCAUAUACAGUCAACAUACUUAAUACAAUUAUUAUUAUGCUCGAUUAAAUUAUUGAAUGAUUAGUAAACUAUUUUGUCACUGACUGCUUAUAAAAAUAUAAAAAUUCUAUAAUCUAAACGUGAAAAUGUUAAGAUUUGUGGUUAUACGUAAUGUGAGCAAAUAUAAGUAGGGUUUUGGUAGUAUAUAUGUAUUGUAUGUACAUACGUAUGUACAUGUAUAUAUUUGUAUAUAAGUACCCAGACAAACAACCCAGAAACCUCAAUAUUUUGAAUUAUGGUUUCAUUCCAUUUUUGAUUCUCUGCUAUAAAGAUCGAACCAUCAUUGCGUUGGAGAACCAACCAACCUAACAAUUUAAAAUCAAAGCAGUAUUCUGUAUAUAAUGUAAAGUCAUAAGAAUAAAGUUAUUUUUGGUAAAACUUCAAAAAUCAA